CGUUCUGAAGAGCGCCGAUUCCUGAGCGCCCUUCCUGGCUCCGCCCGUUGGCUACCGCCGUCCCAACUCUGUCCUCGCCAAAGUGUUUUCACCGUGGCUCAGCUCUCGCCUCCGUGCCACUUCAACUUUGAGAGCUGACCCUCAAAGACCGCCAAUGCUAGCAAGGAACUGCCUGCUGCUGUUCCUUUGGUAUCACCUUCAGGAAGGCUCGGCCUCGCCGCCACCCACCAUAGGGCCGCCCUCCUCGCCAUCGAGACCCGGCAGGAUGGCGGGGAGGGUGCGCACCAGGAGCUCGCUGGGCUCCGUCAGGAACGGCCCGGCAGGGUUCCAACGAGUUAAGAGGGGCUGGGUGUGGAACCAGUUCUUUGUGCUGGAGGAGUACAUGGGCUCUGACCCGCAGUACGUGGGCAAGCUUCACACGGACCUGGAUCAGGGCGAGAGCGUGGUUAAGUACACGCUCUCAGGCGAAGGGGCCGGCUCCAUUUUUACCAUCGACCAAACCACGGGAGACAUUCACGCCUUACGGAGUCUGGACCGUGAAGAGAAGCCUUACUACACGCUACGGGCACAGGCCGUCGACCUCAACAGCAACAAGCCUCUGGAGCCCGAGUCCGAGUUUGUGAUCAAGGUGCAGGACAUCAACGACAACGAACCCAAGUUCUUGGAGGGGCCGUAUCGGGCCACGGUUCCCGAGAUGUCACCCGUGGGGACGUACGUGACGCAGGUGACAGCCACCGACGCGGAUGACCCGACAUACGGUAACAGCGCCAGGGUGGUGUACAGCAUCCUGCAUGGACAGCCCUACUUUUCAGUGGACCCCAAAACUGGCGUGAUCAAGACGGCCUUGCCCAACAUGGACCGAGAGGUGAAGGAGCAGUACCAGGUGCUAAUCCAGGCCAAGGACAUGGGGGGCCAACUGGGAGGGCUGGCCGGGACCACCGUGGUCAAUAUCUCCCUCAGCGACGUCAACGACAACCCGCCCAGGUUCUCCAAAAGUUUUUUCCACUUGCGCGUUCCCGAAUCUUCGGCGGUGGGCUCGGCGGUGGGCAGAAUCAAGGCCCACGACUUGGACGUGGGCAGGAACGCCGAAGUGGAGUACACCAUCGUGCCGGGCGAUGGGGGCGCCAUGUUUGACAUCACCACCAAUGCGCACAAUCAAGAUGGCGUCAUCAUUCUCAAGCGGCCACUGGACUAUGAGAGCAAGAAGGCGUACACCUUCAAGGUGGACGCCUCCAACGCUCAUCUGGACCCCAGAUUCCAAACCUUCGGGGCCUUCAAAGACACGGCGACGGUGAAGAUUAAUGUCCUGGAUGUGGACGAGCCCCCGGUGUUCAAUAAGGCCGCCUACGUGAUGGACGUGUACGAGGACACACCGGCGGGCACCAUCAUCGGAGCUGUGACGGCUCAGGAUUUGGAUGCCGGCAGCAGUCCAGUCAGAUACUCCAUCGACUGGAGGAGCGACCCGGACGGCUAUUUUGACAUCGACCCGGUGGAGGGAACCAUCUCCACCAACGAGAUGCUGGACAGGGAGAGCCUGGCCUGGCACAACAUCUCCAUCGUGGCCACCAAGCUGAAUAGUCCGGUUCUGACCAGCCGGGUGGCCGUCUCCGUCCACGUGUUGGACAUCAACGAGUUCCCGCCUGAACUCGCCAGCCCCUACGAGAGUUUUGUGUGCGAAAACGCCAAAAUGGGACAGGUGAUUCAACUGUUCAGCGCAAAGGAUCAAGAUCUGCCCAACGCCGGACAGCGGUUCUCCUUCAAAGCAACAAAAGAUGAAGUCCGAAACAGGAAUUUCACCAUCAGAGACUUUGGAAACAACACGGGCGGAAUCGUGACCAAGCGAGGCGGGUUCCGCCGACGCUCACAGGAGAUCUUCCACCUGCCUGUGGUGAUCGAGGAUAACGGUUACCCGUCCAAGAGCAGCACAGGAACCUUGACCAUCCGAGUGUGCGGCUGCGCAACCGACGGAUCGCUGCUGACGUGUAGCGCCGAGGCUGUUUUCCUACCCGUGGGCCUGAGCACAGGCGCGCUCAUCGCCAUCCUCCUGUGCAUCGUCAUCCUGCUGGUCAUCGUGGUCCUCUAUGUGGGCCUGAAGCGGCAGAAGAAGAAGGAGACGCUGAUGUCAUCCAAGGAGGACAUCCGGGACAACGUGAUCCACUACGACGACGAAGGCGGCGGCGAGGAGGACACGCACGCCUUCGACAUGGGGACGCUCCGCAACCCCAAAGUGGUCAAAGACAACCUGUUCCGCCGGGACGUCAAGCCGGAGGUCAAGCGGGGACCCAGGGGGCCCCCCUCCAAGGACAGCGCCGACAUCCGGGCCUUCAUCAGCCAGCGGCUGAAGGAACACGACGGCGACAGCUCGGCGCCGCCGUACGACUCGCUCGCCACUUACGCCUACGAGGGCGACGGCUCGGUGGCUGAGUCACUCAGCUCCAUCGAAUCGUUGGCCGUCGACGCUGAGGAGGACUACGAUUACCUCAACGAGUGGGGGCCCCGCUUCAAGACACUGGCGGGAAUAUUCGGGGAGCACUCGGAAGCCCGCUCGGACUCCACCAACACGGAGCAUUGAGGCCGCUGCCAGCAAACCUUGUUUUGUCGCUGGACACGUUAGGACAUAGUCAGAGAGGAGAUCGAAAAGUCACACUGCCCAGCUUUUUGGAAUCUAGUCACGGGUAUCGGACGCCGGCAUAAAAGUCACGCAGUGUCAGGAAAACAGUUGGGCGAGACGUGCUCCCGAAGCCCCUCCCCCUAGUAAGGAGGCCGCGGGACAGUAAUCCGCCAGUUGUAGUCCGUGUAGUUUGCUUGCCAUGUCGUUGCCGGUGUAAUUGCUUCGACUUGACAGUUUGCCUCAAGUCAGCGGUGCGGUUCCACAAAAAUAUCUUUUUCCUGACGUGUGAUGACUUUUGUCUGACAUCUCGACACCGUAACUUGACAUCUCUGUUUGGGAGACUUUUCUCAUCUUCUGUCUAACACCCUGAGGAUGUCCUGAAACAUCUUUCCAUCUUUUUCUUCCGUUCUGUCCUUGACGUUGUUUUCAUGACCCGUCCCAUAAUUGUAAAAAAAAAAAAAUGGCGAGAGCGUAGAGCGACGCGGUCAGUUCAGUCUGAAUGUUGUUGACGUGUAUCCGUGGAGAUGAUGUCAUUUCCGUGAACAUCUUCCAAAGUGCCUCAAUAGAAGAUUUCACGCCACGCGAGCGAAACGACCGACGACGUCACUUCUGUGGCCACCGUCAGGCCAAAGAUGUUUUGAAUGUUAUUUAUCCUUCUAUUUAUUGAUUGGCUCUUUGAUUUGCUUGUGUAUUUAUCUAUUUAUCUCAUACUAUUUUUUUAUUUUUGGGGGGGCAAACGCUUUUUGUAAUGAAGUGGAUGUUCCAGUUGGGUGGGUUGUGUCCGUAGACAUGAACUAGACUUGUUUAAAUAAAAAAAAAUUAAAAAAAAGAGAGACAGACUUUAGGGCUAAAAUGGGCACCUCUGUCAUGUUCUAAACACAUUUUUCUUAAAUA